GCCGUGCAAGCUACACCGCCAUAUUACCCUACAUUGAGCUGUCAGUGUGCGCCCGCGCGUCAUCGCCUCAAUUGCAAAUAUGAACAGUUAAGGUGGUUAUAACAAGACAAUGAAAGUUGAAUACUGAAUAAUUAUAACUUGGAAUAUUUUUAGAAGAUUUUUCGAAGAAAAAAAAAUGUAUAUAUAAACAUAUAUUGAAAAAAAAAUUGGGGAUCAGUGAUUCAAUGGAUUUUUCUUUCUUCCUCGUCUCGGGAAAAAGUAAUGUGUUGACACAUGUAAGGCAUUCAACGGUGACGUUCAAAAUUUGCAAUUUUAUUAUUUCCAACAAAUUCAAAUUUUGGAUUUGAGAGAGAGAGAGAGAGAGAGAGCUGAUAAUGUUUUUGUUUUCAAAUGAGUGAUAAUUUUAUAAUGUCAUCCAUGGAAUUUCACAACAUGUUAACUGCUGCUUCAGAGUUUCGUGGUUGUGACUCUUUACAUGAUCAAUCGUCCUUCAGUGAAAGUAGAAUGGAUCAGAAGUUGUAAUUGUGACAAUUGCCGUUGGAUAAUAGCACAUCUGAACAAUCGCCCUGUGUGGUCAUUGUUUACAAAAUGUACAGGGAAUGUGAUCGAUUCUGGAUGGUGGAAAAUGCCGGAUAUCAUCGUAGUACGCAUCCACCGCCCUACAUAAUCGACAAUGUAAAAUGAAUUUGAGCUGCCAGCAUUCACCAAUGCAAGAUGAAAUAAAGAGACCAAUUUAGUGACGAAUAAUAAUGUGACGAAUAAAGGAAAAGAGGAAAAGAGGAAAAAAAGGAAAAAAGGAAAAAAGGAAAAAAGAAAAAAAGGAAAAGUCAUCAAAUUGUGUGAAUAUGUGUGAAUGUCUGAAUCAAGAAGAUGAAGAUCAAUCAGAUGAUCAAGGUGAAUUGUCUAAAUCGGUGUUGAGUGAAAUCAGAUAUUCGAAUAAAUCCUAGAAUGGAGCGUGACGAGACGCUUGAACGAGUAAGAAAUAAUGAGUCGGUGGUUGGUUUAUUGAAUUUUAUAAAUUCUACUCAACAAAAUCGCUCAAUAGCUAAUCACGAGAGUCAAAAUCUUGAAGCAGUAUUACUCUGGAUCACCAAAGCCAUUAUCAUGAGCUUCAUUAUUCUGGCAGCUCUAUUUGGAAAUUUACUAGUGAUUGUCUCGGUAAUGCGACACAGAAAGCUGCGAGUAAUCACAAAUUAUUUUGUUGUAUCACUAGCACUCGCUGACAUGCUUGUUGCGAUAUUUGCAAUGACUUUUAAUGCUAGUGUUGAACUAUCAGGACGGUGGUUGUUUGGUUAUUUUAUGUGCGACGUAUGGAAUUCAUUGGAUGUAUUUUUCAGUACUGUAUCAAUACUCCAUUUGUGUUGUAUUAGUGUUGAUCGCUAUUAUGCUAUUGUUCAACCUCUUGAUUAUCCAUUAAUCAUGACUAAUCUGAGGCUAACAACAAUGCUGGGCGUUGUUUGGUGCUCACCGACAAUCAUAAGCUUUCUACCAAUAUUUGCUGGAUGGUAUGCAACAUCUGAUCAUCUGGCGAAGCGUGAGCAACAUCCUGAAGACUGUGAAUUUCGUGUUAAUAAACCGUAUGCUGUGGUAAGUUCAAGUGUUAGUUUUUGGGGUCCCGGUAUCAUCAUGUUGAUUAUGUAUUACAAGAUCUACAUGGAAGCGGAUCGACAAGAGAGACUACUUUAUCGAAGUAAAGUAGCAGCUGCACUGCUCAAUAAGCAUCUCCAAAUAAACGGCAUAUCAGCGGGCCUAGCGGGACUCCCACCGCCCGACCAACCCCCCCCAGAGCCACAACCAGAGGAACCACAGAUCGCCAGUAGCAGCAAAAUGAAACGAGAGAGAAAGGCUGCCAGGACUCUCGGGAUCAUCAUGUCGGCAUUUUUGACAUGCUGGCUGCCAUUCUUCCUCUGGUACAUAAUUACAUCCCUCUGUGACACCUGUGAGACCAGUGCAAGCGUAGUUGGCGCUGUUUUUUGGGUUGGCUACUUCAAUAGCGCACUCAAUCCUCUGAUAUACGCUUAUUUUAAUCGUGAAUUUCGUGCUGCGUUCAGUAAGACACUCGAGAGCUGUUGUGCAGCCCUUGCGCCAGUACGUGAUUUGAGACAAGUUCACAGAAAGCAAGAUCUUGUGCACAGUAAUGCAUCAUCAGAAUUGCAUGUCAACAAUCAGUUGCGAACAAGUGAAAUGACCAACGUCCACAUUGAGGCUUGCAUCUAGACAUUUUCCAAUGUCAUGAUAUUGCAUCUCUUCUUUUAAAAAUAUCCAUAUUGAUUAACAACAAGAUAACUAAAUGAGAUAUUCCAAAUGCUGCACAUUGAAAAAAAUCAGUGAAAAAAUGUUUCCUUCAAUUCUGACAAUCUAAUAUUUUUACAAUUCUAAAAAUACUCAAUAUUUAUAACUUAUCGAUCAAAUAAAUUAUUUAUUCAUGUUAAAAGAUUUUAAAAAAUUGUCAACAUUGAAGGAGAAACAUUUUACUAAUUUGAAGAAAAAUUCUCAUGAAUAAACAAAACCUGAAUAAAAAUUUGUGCCAAUUCAUUGUUUCAUUUCUAAUUUGUGUUAAUAUACGCGGCCGAGAGCCGUAGAAUUCUUAUCCAGCUAUAUUUUACUACAGCGUGUAUGAGGUUGACAUGUGAAAAAACAACUGUACUCAAUAAUCUUAGACAUUUCUUUUUUCAAAUCUGUAAAUACCUGAAAAGCACUUCUAAAGUCUGAUUGAUGCCGCUUGGGUUGGAGCGGGGGAGAGAGACAAGUGUAUUUUCACCGUAGCUAAUUAAUUAUGACGAGAAUAUAUCCCCGAUGAGACCCGAGCACCCACGAAAAUGUGCUGCAGAGCCUUGGAACCAGAGUUCGUCAAACGUUUAAAAUUAGAAAAAUCAAUAUUACAUCUAUAACCAUCGAAAGUGUCAGUGUAUCUACUCCAUCUCUGUUAUUUUUUUUUUCUUUCUAUGAUAAAAAAAAACAUGUUUAUUUAUCAUAGUAAAUUUAAUUUAAACAAAGUUCAGUUUGCUAAUCACCAUAGAGGCUAACAUCCCCGAGUAUUAGAGGGGAGGGAGGAAUGAGUGUGUCAAAAGCCAUUCUUACAAUACUCGUUUCUGAAAAAGGUGAGAGCACAUAGGCGAUGGCCGGGCAAUGUCUCAGCAGUAAAAGUAAAUAAAACAAGCAAAGGAAAAAAUAGUAUACACAAUGAUGGAGAUGAGGUAGGAUAAAAUCCUGCACCUGCGAAUAGUGUUCAAGUGCAUUUACUCAGAGACUCGUUCUCUCGUUUUCGGGUGUAUAAAUAAAAAAUAAUGAACAAAAACAAACACACACACACACACACACACACACUAAUAAUAUUGCAAACAGGGUGAAUUGGAAUUACAUUAAUUAAUUAUCUUACAAACCAACCAAAGAAAAAAAAAUUCAUGUAUAAAUAAUGAUAAAUUAAAGA